UGCAGAUCCCAAGCAGGGCUCAGGAACGGAGUAAAUGCACAAGCAAAGGAACAGUAAAAGCCACAGCCACACUUUUGUGGAGAACCCCCGCUGGAAUACGAGGCUUCAGGAUCGGUCACGUGAAUGUUUGUGAUGUGUCCCGCGACGCUUCUGGCACAAGCAAAUGGUAGCAGCAGAUGGGGGUUAGCGGCUGCCCGACCUUUCGAACACAUCUGGGCAUUUUCGGGGCUUCAACUCGAGAAUUGGAGGCGAGGGCGCAGAACGUAUAUAUGUAGUGCUUGGAUGAAGGUGUCAUGUAUGGACGCGCAGGCAGAAAGCCCAAGACGAGACAUGAGAACAUCUGAGGUCCUUGACCAAAGGCACUGCACGUACUGGACAGCUUGUAACCCUGUAACCCUGGCCAUGGUCAAGUCUUUUCAAGUCUCAAGGAUCAAAACCUUGAUGGAGCCGGGAGUCUUUCGAAGAGCAGGCCUUGCAAGUCGAAUAUGUUCCAAAGUUUGCUAGCUGCACGAAAGAGACCGCCAGAAGCAACGGUACAUGUUCUCCUGACACAAUGGUCGCCUCAUGGACCAUGGCGCAGCGGCCCUACAUCUUCAAGUACGCAACUAGAUCCGAAGGAGUC